AUGCGCCGCGUGGUAGUUACAGGUCUGGGCGCUGUCACUCCCCUUGGAGUAGGUAUUCGAAAAAUCUGGAACCGAUUACUCGCCGGUCAAUCAGGAAUCGUCAGUGUUGCGUCGCGACAGCCGCAGGCGAGAUGGAAGGAGUUGACAAGCACCGUUGCUGGUGUCGUUCCUGUCGGAAGUGAGCCAGGUCAAUGGAGGGCCAGCGACUGGCUCAGCGCCUCUGAACAGAGACGAAUGUCUACUUUCACGCAAUACGCCAUUGCAGCAAGUGAGAUGGCUCUAAAAGACGCCGGAUGGGACGUGACGAAGCUGGAGGACAUGGAGGCUACCGGCGUGUGCUUGGGCAGUGGUAUCGGCAACUUGGACGAAAUAUACGAGACCAGCCUGGCACACCAUACUGAUGGAUACAAGAAAGUCUCACCUUUGUUCGUCCCCAAGAUACUAAUCAACCUGGCAGCGGGUCACAUCGCCAUGAAAUACGGCUUCCAGGGGCCGAACCAUGCUGCCACUACAGCCUGCACCACCGGCGCACAUUCCAUUGGCGAUGCCUCCAGAUUUAUCGCCAUGGGCGACGCAGAUGUCAUGGUGGCCGGCGGCUCCGAGGCUUGUAUUCACCCACUCACAUUCGCUGGCUUCGGCAGAGCGAGGUCUUUGUCCACGGCCUACAAUGACAACCCAUCCGGCAGUUGCCGACCGUUUGACUCGGACCGCAAUGGAUUUGUCGUUGCCGAAGGAGCUGCCGUUUGUGUGUUGGAGGAGCUGGAACAUGCCAAAGCCAGAGGAGCUCGGAUAUAUGCUGAAGUCAAGGGGUACGGCUGUAGCGGGGAUGCAUAUCAUAUGACGGCGCCCCGAGAAGACGGGCGAGGAGCAUUUCUGGCCAUGAAGCGGGCCCUGAAGAAUGCCGGCGUGAAGCCUUUGCAGGUUGACUACAUAAAUGCCCACGCAACGGGUACGCAAGUUGGAGACGUGGCAGAGGCGGCCGCCAUCCGCAGACUUAUGCUUGGCCAGGAGGGGUUAUCAGCUGAAUCACAGGUCACAGUGAGCAGCACCAAGGGAGCAAUGGGGCACUUGCUAGGGGCUGCAGGAGCUAUUGAGGCUCUGUUUGCCAUUCUCUCAAUACACGAGGUUGGUCAUGUUCGCUUAUUAAAAGACGCUCUGGACAAGGGCUAA